CUACAACAAAGAAGGGGAACGGAGAGGGAGAGAUGAGCAGAUAGCGAGCGGAGGAGGCGAAGCGAUGAUGCCGAAGAGGGAGUCGGACGCGACGAGCCUGACGUCGUGGUCGGCGACACAGUCGCCGCUGCAUCGGCCCGUUUACUACGUGACGAGUCCCGUCCACUCCCACCACGACGCUAUCCGUAUCUCCUUCUCCCACUCGUCGCCCGGCGCCUCCCCGGUCCACCCCUACUACGACCCUUAUCACCACCAGCGGUACAGCAGCUCCCCCAUCCACCAUUACCGCGAGUCCAACGCCCGCCUCUCCUCCUCCUGGCGUAAGCUCCCCACCCACCACCACGGCCCCUCCGAAUCUGACGACGACAACGGUCGCGGCUCAAUGGGCUGCUACGUGACUUGGUUCGUUCUGGCGUUCGUCCUGCUCUUCACCCUCUUCUCCCUCAUCCUCUGGGGCGCGAGCUUGUCCUACAAGCCCCAAGUCAUCGUCAAGGACGUGGUGUUCCGGAACUACGAUCUCCACGCGGGGACGGACAUCACGGGCGUGCCCACCAAUAUGAUCUCCAUCAACUCGACGGUCCGGAUCGCGUUUCGCAACCCGGCCACGUUCUUCGGCGUUCAAGCCUCGUCCACGCCUUUGGAGAUACACUACUCCGAGUUCAAGGUCGCCUCCGGACACAUGGAGGAGUUCUAUCUGUCACGGGAGAGCCGACGCGUGGUGGUGGUGGCAGUGGCCGGCGUGCAUGUGCCACUCUACGGCGGCGGAUCGAGCCUGAGAAGCCGUGCCGACGACGGCGGCGCCCCAGCGGUGGUGCCGCUGGAGCUGUCCUUCACGGUCCGGGCGCGGGCCCACGUCCUCGGUCACCUGGUCAAGGUCAAGUUCUACCACCGCGUCCGGUGCUCCGUAACCCUCCGCGAGGACCGGCUAGGCAAGCCCCUCACGCUCGCCAAGGCCUGCGAGUACCGUGACGGAUGA